AUGAAUGGGGGAAGGAACAGUACAAUGAUUAUGAAGUUCAUUCUCUUGGGAUUCUCUGAAUUCCCGAAGCUCACCAUUGUCCUCUUUUCAGUAUUCCUAGGGAUCUACCUGAUGACAGUGUCCUGGAAUGUGGGCCUCAUCACCCUCAUCAGGUUGGACUCCCAUCUGCAUACACCUAUGUACUUUUUCCUCAGUAACCUGUCCUUACUGGACAUCUGCUAUGUUUCUACUACAGCCCCCAGGAUGCUCUCAGACUUCUUCAAGAAGCAGAAAUCUAUCUCCUUUAUGGGCUGUGCCAUGCAAUACUUCUUCUUCUCUAGCCUGGGUCUGACUGAGUGCUGUCUCCUGACAGCCAUGGCUUAUGAUAGAUAUGCUGCCAUUUGUAAUCCUCUGUUCUACACAGCCAUCAUGUCCCCUACCAUCUGUGUGCAGAUGGUGGCAGGGUCUUAUAUGACUGGAUUAUUUGGCUCGUUUAUCCAACUGUGCAUCUUAUUUCAGCUCCAUUUCUGUGGGCCAAAUGUCAUCAACCAUUUCUUCUGUGACCUGCCCCAACUGCUGAUCCUGUCCUGCUCUGACACCUUUUUUUUCCAAGUCAUAAUGUCUGUGCUCACAGUGAUCUUUGGGCUCACGUCUUCCCUGAUUAUCAUGAUAUCCUAUGGUUAUAUAGUCGCCACCAUUCUGAAGAUCACUUCAGCUGAAGGCAGGUCCAAGGCCUUCAACACCUGUGCUUCUCACCUGACUGCAGUGAUUCUCUUCUUCGGCUCAGGUAUCUUUGUUUAUAUGUAUCCUAAUUCUGAUGAUUCCCUGAGCCAAAACAAGAUGGCAUCAGUCUUAUAUACUAUUAUAAUCCCCAUGUUAAAUCCAUUGAUCUACAGCCUGAGGAACAAGGAAAUCAAAGAUGCCCUACACAGAUGGAAGAAGAGAAUCUUUUCCUGGUGUUACUAA